UCUUAUUUGUUAAUGUUCGUGAUAAACACUUUAGGAUUCUGAACUGUGCCCGCUUCCAUCUGUGAACAGUUUCCACGUCAGAAAUGUGACGACAAGUUCAGUGUUAAUUGCCUGGGAUAGUAAAGAUAGUAAUAUGACAGGAUUAAAAGGUUUUCUUGUUGCAUAUCACAGGCUUGAUCAGAACGAUGUGGUUAAAAAAUAUAAGGUGAACCCAACUACCCGAAUGUUCCGACUGUACAAUUUGAUGGAUGACAGUGUGUAUCUAGUUUGUAUAAUUACACAGGGGAGCUCGUACACUGAUUAUGAUUAUGUGGAUGAUUAUGGGGAACUACUUCGUCUUGAAAGAGAUGUUGAUGAUACUCUGGAGCUGGAUGUACCAUACUCGGACCAACGAGUCCUCUCAUACGAAGAGGAGGAAGGAUUUGAUCUGGGCGGGGGACCAGGUUCUGAUCUUGAAAUACCGAGCUCCAAUGAUACAAGAUAUCUCAUACUUAAACCAACAAUACUUAAUCUAGACUCGAAAAGCUCCAGGUGUAACAAGAUCAAGACCCCUCUGGAUCCAAACAAGGUUAAGAUGAUUGACAAUAAGCAGUUGAGUGCUGUUAUUGGAUGCUCUUCAGGACUCAUGAUCUUCUUCUGUAUUAUCAUCAGCAUUAUCGUCGCCAAACCCAAGCGAGCGGACGAUGAAGACGAAGUAAUUGUUCCAAAGUCGUCUUCACUCUCUGACUCGUACAAGUCUCCAUCAACCAAGAGCCGGAAUGGUUCCCUGGGACCUAAUUACGAUAAAGCUUCUUCACAGACCUCAAGCUUAAACAAACUCAACGGAACUGAAAUCAGAAAGGGAGACACUGGCACUCUGCAAAGACGACCUACUGGAAGUAGACAAGUGUCACCUAGUGGCAGAAACUUGGAUAAACCGGUUUCCCCUGCAGCGCGUGGUCUAGAGCCAGGGCGGAGCGUGGAUACAGGACGGAGAAGUCUAAGGAAUGGGCUUUCUAAGCAGAGUUCAACAGAAUCUGGGCCUCCCAGUCAUAAAAUAUCGAGACAGGGUUCAGAAACAAGCCAAACCUUGAAGCGGCUCGGAAACAGACAAAGUUCGGAAUAUCUUAACACCCCGAGAGGAAAACCAGGACAGCCUAGAUCCCCUCAUCUAGGACUAAACCAGGAUUUGGAGCUCAGAGAACGCAGUUCAGAACAGGAACUAAGAUUGUUUGAACAGGACGUACUUAGUGAUGAUAUAGGACGUAUAUCCAGGAUGCAGGACGGUUCAACUAGUUUACCAAGGACAGGACCAAGACGUCCUGUAGGCCGUCGGGGGAUGGGAGAUAGGUUUUCAGGAACCCUACCAGGAUAUAAACUUGGAGGAAUACAAAGCGUCCUCCCGGGUUCGAGGCCGGGGGGAGGAGGAGGAGGGUUUCAUGAGAACCUGGAACCUGAUUGUAUACCUAUGAUAGGAUACAAUGAUAUUAAUUCUCCUCCCACCCUCAGGAUACCAACUCAACCCUGGAGGGCCGGACAGGGGGGCGUUCCUAACGGAGGAGGUCGACUUAGGUACCCAAGUGAGUCCCUAGGGGCCCGUCCUCGAUACCAGGACCCGGAGGAGGACGUGGAUUAUCUUCUAGAGGACAAGAGAACCAGCAGGACGGGAUAUAUUAAGUACAACUCAUUAUCAGCCGCUAAAUAUUAAAACUGCCAUUUCUUCAAUCAUAUAAAUAUGCAAUUAGUCUUUGUAAAUAUGCAUUUCUUUGAUCAUCGAGAGACAUAAUUUAAACAAGAUACAUGGACGGAAACUAGUUAAAGUAAUCUUUGGAAGGUUAGGCACUAAUUUUUGGAGUCAUACCGUUGACAUGAUGAGGCCAGAAAUCCUCCUUUAGAAUCCUAUUUUCAAGAAAUUUUUUUUUUAAAUUUUAAACCUGUAUACACCUUUCAGACAAGAUUAAAGACAAGUUUUACAAUAAAAAAAGAAAUAUUUUCCAGAUUCUUUAAAAAUCUAUGAAGAAUUGUGCUUUGUUUUGUUUUUGCAUCAUAUACUAACUUUUAUUUAAAGUAUUCAAAAUUUGUAAUGGCCUUACCUUAAUUAAAGGGAGUGUUCGCGAAAAAUUCAAGGGGAUAUAGGCUUACGGCAAAAUAAUCACUUUUGAUCGCUACUAAUCUUACUUCUUAUUUUUCGCCGUAUAAGCCCUUGUAUUUUUCGCAAACACUCCCUUUAAAUUUUAAGUCAGUUAUUGUUUAAGAUAAUUUGAUUAAGAACAGUACAGUUACAAUCACACGUUAGUCAGUUUUCUUUAGUUGAUUUAUAAAUAUUGAUUUUUCAAAUUGAUGAAUUUUUACAUUAUAAUGCAUUUAUGUGAAACUAUAUCUGUUCUUGGAACCUUUAUGUUGUGUGGGAACAAAACUGAAUUUUUAUAUUUAACAAAAAUCAAUCAGUUUUAAAAAAUAUUUGAAAAAAAAGGGAAAAUGUAUGUUGAAUUACUAAGCACAUGUUGAUUUUCAAGCAAUUUUGAAAGAUUUAGAUUUAAUAAGCUGUUGGAAGUCUAGAUAAUAUUAACUAACUAACUAUGGAAAGGAUUUAUGCAUUUUCUUAGUUUUCUCUUUUUCCGACAUUUUUUUCUUGAAUUUGUUAUGGAGUUGUCCUGCCAUGAAAACUCUAACUCUAGUAUCCCGAACUAUAAAUGUGAUAUUGAUAUUAUUUAUAAAAUGUUUAAUUGUUAGAAUACAAAUUCAAUUAUCUA